UGGUUACUGAUGCCCAAUUACUCCUUCCUAUUUCUUCCAUGGAUAGAAUUUCAGCUUCCCCAUAUUCAAACCCAUUUCCAGCUCAGAAGUAUUCGCUUCGGUGCAGAUGAAAACACAAUUCUGAAGGGAUGACACACUGAAGAAUAUCUGUGCAAAUCGUAGGCUAAAGACAUAUUUAUAACCAGGAAUUUUAUCUCCUCUACGCAAAUAUCAGUUGUCGACAUUUGUAGAGAGUAUUGGACCAAUGAGCUCUAUGUCAUCAUCCUUGACUUCCCUCGCACUUACAUCACCUCUUCACGUAUCAAGAAAAUGUCUUAGCUUACAGCCAGCUCGUAGGUGCUACCAACGAUAUGCUUUCAAUAGUCAUGGUAACAUUACCCUUUCAAUCCAUGACCAAUCAGCAUCCCCUCAUCUGUUUCCAUCCAGUAAUUUGAAAUCCUGUUGUAGUGCUAUUGCUUCAUCAAAUGACGGAACAGUAUCUAUGAUUAAUUUUGAAGAUGUGAUGGAGAAAGACUGGUCAUUUCUUGAGCAUCCAGAUUCCAGUGCAGAGCAUAAGCAAAAAAUUGAUGAGAUCAUAUCAGCAGGAGAGAUAACAGAGACUUCCAAGGUUAUGAUUGCAAUUAGUUCCGAUGAAUUUGUUGAUAGAGUAGUUGAAUCAUCGAAUUGCAAGCAACUACUUGUCGUUCAUGACUCUCUUUUCAUGUUAGCAUGCAUCAAGGAAAAAUACGACAAGGUUAUGUGUUGGCAAGGGGAAUUGAUAUAUAUACCAGAGAAGUGGACACCUUUUGAUGUUGUUUUUCUCUACUUCAUUCCUGCAUUGCCGUUUGAACUUGAUCAAAUUCUGGAUGCACUAAGAAAACGUUGUUUGCCAGGUGCAAGAGUUGUGAUUAGUCAUCCACAAGGCAGGCAAAUGGUUGAAGAGCAACAGAAACAAUAUCCUGAUGUGGUUGUCUCUAACUUGCCAGAAAAAAUGCUGCUGCAAAAUGUUGCUGCACACCAUUCAUUUGAAGUAGUCAAAUUUGUAGAUGAACCUGCUUUCUAUCUUGCUAUUCUCAAAUUCAUCAACCAAUAGCAUACUUCUCUACUUGUCUAGUCAGUAUUGGCCUUAUUAUUAUUAUUAUUAUUAUUAUUAUUAUUAUUAUUAUUAUUAUUAUUAUUAUUAUCAU